CUCCCGGAUAAACCCUACCACACGUUCAUUUCCGGCUUGUUCUAGCUAUGGGGAAACACAACGCUGCCGUAUUUCAGGAACCCAGAGGUUUCAUUAAGAUUUUACAACUGAUUUUCUCUCUCGUCUCACUUUGUGUUCUGGAAACUUACCGUGGAACCGGCGACUUAAGAGUAAUCGACAACUCGAUCGUAUUAAACAUCACCGACCACGUAUUCGAGGUGGAAUAUCCAUUUGCUGACUUCGACUAUUCCUUCAGUCCCAUCAGUGGAGACGUAUUCGGGUCUGACGAGUACCGUCCGCAUGCGCGGUUGUACAUCGCCGUGUCUGUAUUGACGUUUCUCUUCGUACUGCUUGUUAUGCCGUGUUACGUGCUGCUGGAAGUGAGACUAGACGAAAAGGGUCGAAAAUACUUUUAUCACUCAGACUUCGUUGCUACUGUUGUUUUUGCGUUGCUUUGGUUUGUAGCGAGCUGUGUUUGGGCUAAAGGAGCCAGUGGGGUCCCGGAUGUGGUGGAUGAUGCGUUUCUCAAGUUUGAGGCAACUCAGGGAUGCUACAAUGGGACGUCUGUGACAUGCGUCAGCAGUAAGCCGACGUAUGGAGGCAUCAUAGUUGCUGUGCUGCUUGGUUUUGUCAAUUUCAUUUUGUGGGGGGGUGGAGGCUGGUUCACAUUUAAAGAAACACAUUGGUUUGGUGGACAGAAGCAGCAUGAACAAGAACCCACACAGUCGGACAGAGAGCAGGAAGGCGGCGAAGACGUUGCUCAGUUCAAGUAUAAGAAAUCAAAAGAUGGAGAGCUUGAUGGCAAUGGAGAGGUAGACUUGCCACAGACAGAAUUUGCGAAAGCAGGACCUGAAGAGGUGGAGGUGAAUGUACCAUCAAGUUGAGUGGACGUGUAGGUCUGGUCACAAGCCAAUUAGGAUAGGAUAUUUUGCUUGAUUGAUUACUGCUUAAGUUGAUUGAUAUUACACAUAGACUCUGUUACUGUAGAAAGCGUAGAAGGUUAGUGUUGUGGUGAUGGAGUUGGUACUGUAUGAAUGCUACACAUGGAUGGUAUA